AUGUCAACGAGAACGUCUUCUUGGGAUGUCGGCUCGGUGAAAGUCAGUCGAAACACUCGAAGGACGGUUUUUCUCCUCAUCGGAGCUCUGAUUCUUGUUGUCCUUGUAGCCGUCGGAAUCACAUUGGGCAUUGUCUUUGGAACGAAAAGCAAGGACAACACAAAACCCGUUGUACCGGUAAACACAAAACCAAACCAAACGAUGGCCGUGAAUAUCUAUUUCCGAAAGUAUGCGUCUCAGGCGGCGAACCGUGCCAAACGAGCUACUUCUGAAUACGAUGCCUGCAUGGAUAGGAUGCGCGAUGUCACUCAACAAUCCUUGAGUGAAAUCAUGAACAAAGGAGAUCGAAAUCUUCUUGUCAACGUUUGGGAUGAGGAGGGAGUGCACGACGCCGUCCCAGCCAGUGAAGUCAUUAAAAGACUGGGAGAACCUGCUUCCGUAACAAAUAUAGCACCCAAUCAAACACAUCGUUGGUCGGCGAUGAGCUUGGAUGACCGAAUCGAAAACAUGGUGUACUUUGCUCCAUGCAGUGAAUAUCCUGACUCGGAUCUCGACUUUAAUGGUACUUUCGAGUAUAUGAAGACAAUUUUGAUCAAACAAAAAAACAAGGGACUGCUCCCUGUGCAGUUCAUUUCUGGAUUGAAAAACGCAAGCGAGAUUGGCAUACCACAGGAAAUUGCAGAUCUUGGCAUGAAAUUCGCCGGACUUGAUACUCCUCUUGAGAAUAUCACGAAAAACAUUGUGGAUAAUAUGCCAAAUAUCACCAUUACCACAACUUUGACAUCGCCAAAAACUACAACCCCUAUUACAACAAUGAGCAAUACACCUGCAGAAACCACGUCUGUUCAUACUAGGACCGUCUAUGAAACGGGCACUCCAGCGUUGACUACAACUGAGCAAGAACCGAGACUGAAAACGACCGAACCCUCAACUACCGUUGAAACUAGUCCAACAGAGCAACACAGCUCGAGCACGGUGGAAACAAAAUCAGCCGGAACGAUGGCGUCAGUAACAACGGAAUCAGCCGGAACGAUGGCCUCAGUCACAACACAAUCAGCCGGAACGAUGGCCUCAGUCACAACGGAAUCAGCCGGAACGAUGGCGUCAGUCACAACGGAAUCAGCCGGAACGAUGGCCUCAGUCACAACGGAAUCAGCUGACACGACACGAUUACCCUCAUCGGAAUCAGCCGGAACGAUGGCCUCAGUCACAACACAAUCAGCCGGAACGAUGGCCUCAGUCACCACGGAAUCAGCCGGAACGAUGGCCUCAGUCACAACACAAUCAGCCGGAACGAUGGCCUCAGUCACAACACAAUCAGCCGGAACGAUGGCCUCAGUCACAACGGAAUCAGCCGGAACAAUGGCCUCAGUCACAACAGAAUCCGCAGGAACGAUGGCGUCAGUCACAACAGAAUCAGCUGGCACGACACGAUUGCCCUCAACGGCAUCAGCCGGAACGAUGACGUCAAUCACAACGGAAUCAGUAGGAACGAUGGCCGCAGUCACCACAGAAUCAGCCGGAACGAUGGCCUCAGUCACAACGGAAUCAGCUGACACGACACGAUUACCCUCAACGGAAUCAGCCGGAACGAUGGCCUCAGUCACAACGGAAUCCGUAGGAACGAUGGGCUCAGUCACAACAGAGUCAGCCGGACCGAUGGCCUCAGCCACAACAGAAUCAGCCGGAACGAUGGCCUCAGUCACAACAGAAUCAGCUGGAACGAUGGCGUCAGUCACAACAGAAUCAGCCGGAACGAUGGCGUCAGUCACAACAGAAUCAGCUGGAACGAUGGCGUCAGUAACAACGGAAUCAGCCGGAACGAUGGCCUCAGUCACCACACAAUCAGCCGGAACGAUGGCCUCAGUCACAACGGAAUCAGCCGGAACGAUGGCCUCAGUCACAACAGAAUCAGCCGGAACGAUGGCCUCAGUCACAACGGAAUCAGCUGACACGACACGAUUACCCUCAACACAAUCAGCCGGAACGAUGGCCUCAGUCACAACGGAAUCAGCCGGAACAAUGGCCUCAGUCACAACAGAAUCCGCAGGAACGAUGGCGUCAGUCACAACAGAAUCAGCUGGCACGACACGAUUGCCCUCAACGGCAUCAGCCGGAACGAUGACGUCAAUCACAACGGAAUCAGUAGGAACGAUGGCCGCAGUCACCACAGAAUCAGCCGGAACGAUGGCCUCAGUCACAACGGAAUCAGCUGGCACGACACGAUUACCCUCCACGGAAUCAGCUGGAACGAUGGCGUCAGUCACAACAGAAUCAGCCGGAACGAUGGCCUCAGUCACAACGGAAUCAGCUGCAACGAUGGCCUCAGUCACAACGGAAUCAGCCGGAACGAUGGCGUCAGUCACUACGGAAUCAGCCGGAACGAUGGCCUCAGUCACAACAGAAUCAGCCGGAACGAUGGCCUCAGUCACAACGGAAUCAGCUGGAACGAUGGCGUCAGUAACAACGGAAUCAGCCGGAACGAUGGCGUCUGUCACAACCGAAUCAGCUGGAACGAUGGCGUCAGUCACAACAGAAUCAGCCGGAACGAUGGCCUCAGUAACAACCGAAUCAGCUGGAACGAUGGCGUCAGUAACAACGGAAUCAGCCGGAACGAUGGCCUCAGUCACAACGGAAUCAGCUGGAACGAUGGCGUCAGUAUCAACGGAAUCAGCUGGCACGACACGAUUACCCUCAACGGAAUCAGCUGGAACGAUGGCGUUAGUCACAACCGAAUCAGCUGAAACGAUGGCCUCAGUCACAACGGAAUCAGUAGGAACGAUGGCGUCAGUCACAACGGAAUCAACCGGAACGAUGGCGUCAGUCACAACCGAAUCAGCCGGAACGAUGGCGUCAGUCACAACGGAAUCAGCUGGAACGAUGGCGUCAGUCACAACCGAAUCAGCCGGAACGAUGGCCUCAGUCACAACGGAAUCAGCUGGAACGAUGGCGUCAGUCACAACGGAAUCAGCCGGAACGAUGGCCUCAGUCACAACAGAAUCAGCUGCAACGAUGGCCUCAGUCACAACAGAAUCAGCUGGAACGAUGGCCUCAGUCACAACGGAAUCAGCUGGAACGAUGGGCUCAGUCACAACAGAGGCAGCCGGAACGAUGGCCUCAGCCACAACAGAAUCAGCCGGAACGAUGGCCUCAGUCACAACAGAAUCAGCUGGAACGAUCGCGUCAGUAACCACGGAAUCAGCCGGAACAAUGGCCUCAGUCACAACCGAAUCAGCCGGAACGAUGGCGUCAGUCACAACGGAAUCAGCUGGAACGAUGGCGUCAGUCACAACGGAAUCAGCCGGAACGAUGGCCUCAGUCACAACGGAAUCAGCUGGAACGAUGGCGUCAGUCACAACGGAAUCAGCCGGAACGAUGGCCUCAGUCACAACAGAAUCAGUAGGAACGAUGGCGUCAGUCACAACAGAAUCAGCCGGAACGAUGGCCUCAGUCACAACGCAAUCAGCUGGAACGAUGGCCUCAGUCACUACGGAAUCAGCCGGAACGAUGGCCUCAGUCACAACGGAAUCAGCCGGAACAAUGGCCGCAGUCACAACAGAAUCAGCUGCAACGAUGGCCUCAGUCACAACGGAAUCAGCUGGAACGAUGGCCUCAGUCACAACGGAAUCAGCUGGAACGAUGGCGUCAGUCACAACGGAAUCAACCGGAACGAUGGCGUCAGUCACUACGGAAUCAGCCGGAACGAUGGCCUCAGUCACAACGGAAUCAACCGGAACGAUGGCGUCAGUCACUACGGAAUCAGCCGGAACGAUGGCCUCAGUCACAACGGAAUCAGCCGGAACAAUGGCCUCAGUCACAACCGAAUCAGCCGGAACGAUGGCGUCAGUCACAACGGAAUCAGCUGGAACGAUGGCGUCAGUCACAACGGAAUCAGCUGGCACGAUGGCCUCAGUCACAACAGAAUCAGCCGGAACGAUGGCCUCAGUCACAACGGAAUCAGCCGGAACGAUGGCCGCAUUCACAACAGAACCAGCCGGGACGAUGGCCUCAGUCACAACGGAAUCAGCUGGAACCAGGGCCUCAGUCACAACUGAAUCAGCCGGAACGAUGGCGUCAGUCACAACGGAAUCAGCCGGAACGAUGGCCUCAGUCACAACGGAAUCAGCCGGAACGAUGGCGUCAGUCACAACGGAAUCAGCCGGAACGAUGGCCUCAGUCACAACGGAAUCAGCUGGAACGAUGGCUCACAACAGAGUCAGCCGGAACAAUGGCCUCAGCCACAACAGAAUCAACGGGCACAAUGAGCACGUCACCCUAGCACGCGAGAACUUCCACCGCUGUACAACGGAAAUCCCGUCAUGGACCGAAUCAACUGUCGUUUCAAGUGCUUCCACGAACAAGCCAAGUACUAUUGCAGAAACAGAGCCACCAACCACUUUCACCGCCUACUUCGGAUCAAGCACAACGGAAAUCCCGUCAUCGACCGAUUCAACUGUACCGGCGGCGAAUCGUGCCAAACGAGCCGCUAGUUCUGAAUAUGAUGACUGCAUGGAUAGGAUGCGCGAUGUCACUCAACAAUCCUUAAGUGAAAUCAUGAACAAAGGAGAUCGAAAUCUUCUUGUCAACGUUUGGGAUGAGGAGGGAGUGCACGACGCCGUCCCAGCCAGUGAAGUCAUUAAAAGACUGGGAGAACCUGCUUCCGUAACAAAUAUAGCACCCAAUCAAACACAUCGCUGGUUAACGAUGAGCUUGGAUGACCGAAUCGAAAAUAUGGUGUACUUUGCUCCAUGCAGUAAAUAUCCUGACUCGGACCUCGACUUUAAUGGUACUUUCGAGUAUAUGAAGAGAAUUAUGGAUCAACAAAAAAACAAGGGACUGCUCCCUGUCCAGUUCAUCUCUGGAUUGAAAAACGCAACCGACAUUGGCAUACCAAAAGAAAUUGCAGAUCUUGGCUUGAUCUUAGCCGGACUUGAUACUCCUCUUGAGGAUAUCACGAAACAUAUUGUGGACAAUAUGCCAAAUCCCAAUAAUCUCACAACAUCGACCACAACAGAACUCCCGUCCUCGACCGAUUCAACCAUCGUUUCCAGUUCCUCCACGAAUGAGCCCAGUACUGUUGCACCACCAACAACGACGAUAUCAGAGCCCCCAACCACUUUCACAACUUUGGUCGGAUCAAGUACAACAGAAGUCCCGUCACCGACCGAUUCUACGGUCGCUUCCAGUGCUUCCACGAAUAAGCCAAGUACUGUUGCAGAAUCCACAACUACGCAAACAGAGCCACCAACAACUUUCACGGCUUACUUCGGAUCAAGUACAACGGAAUUACAGUCUUCGACCAAUUCAACGGUAGCUUCUAGUGUUUCGACAAAUGAGCCAAGCACGAUCGGAGAAUCUACGACCACGAAAACAGAACAACCAACAACUUUUACAGCUUCCUUCGGAGCAAGUACAACAGAAGUCCCGUCAUCGACCGACUCAACGGUCGCUUCUAGUGUUACCACGCAUGAGCCAAAUACUGUUGCUGAAUCUUCAACGACGGAAACAGAGCCACCAACAACGUUCACAGCUGACUUCGGAUCCAGUACAACGGAAGUCCCGUCAUCGACCGACUCAACGGUCGCUUCUAGUGUUUCGACGAAUGAGCCCAGUACUGUUGCAAAAUCUACGACCACGAAAACAGAACAACCAACAACUUUUACAGCUUCCUUCGGAGCAAGUACAACAGAAGUCCCGUCAUCGACCGACUCAACGGUCGCUUCUAGUGUUACCACGCAUGAGCGAAAUACCGUUGCUGAAUCUUCAACGACGGAAACAGAGCCACCAACAACUUUCACCGUUGACUUCCGCUCUAGUACAACGGAAGUCCCGUCAUCGACCGACUCAACGGUCGCUUCUAGUGUUUCCACAAAUGAGCCAAGCACGAUAGGAGAAUCUACGACUACGAAAACACAGCCACCAACAACUUUCACCGUUGACUUCCGAUCAAGUACAACGGAAGUCCGGUCAUCCACCGAUUCAACCGUAGCUUCCAGUGUUUCGACGAAUGAGCCAAGUACUGUUGCAAAAUCUACAACAACGAAAACAGAGCCACCAACAACUUUCACAGCUUACUUCGGAUCAAGUACAACGGAAUUACAGGCUUCGACCGAUUCAACGGUCGCUUCCAGUGUUUCCACAAAUGAGCCAAGCACGAUAGGAGAAUCCACGACAACGAAAACACAGCCACCAACAACUUUCACCGUUGACCUCCGAUCAAGUACAACGGAAGUCCCGUCAUCCACCGAUUCAACCGUAGCUUCCAGUGUUUCGACGAAUGAGCCAAGUACUGUUGCAGAAUCUACAACCACGAAAACAGAGCCACCAACAACUUUCACAGCUUACUUCGGAUCAAGUACAACGGAAUUACAGUCUUCGACCGAUUCAACGGUAGCUUCUAGUGUUUCGACGAAUGAGCCAAGUACUGUUGCAAAAUCUACAACAACGAAAACAGAGCCACCAACAACUUUCACAGCUUACUUCGGAUCAAGUACAACGGAAUUACAUUCUUCGACCGAUUCAACGGUAGCUUCUAGUGUUUCGACGAAUGAGCCAAGUACUGUUGCAAAAUCUACAACAACGAAAACAGAGCCACCAACAACUUUCACGGCUUACUUCGGAUCAAGUACAAUGGAAUUACAGUCUUCGACCGAUUCAACGGUAGCUUCUAGUGUUUCGACGAAUGAGCCAAGUACUGUUGCAAAAUCUACAACAACGAAAACAGAGCCACCAACAACUUUCACAGCCUACUUCGGAUCAAGUACAACGGAAUUACAGUCUUCGACCGAUUCAACGGUAGCUUCUAGUGUUUCGACGAAUGAGCCAAGUACUGUUGCAGAAUCUACAACCACGAAAACAGAGCCACCAACAACUUUCACAGCUUACUUCGGAUCAAGUACAACGGAAUUACAGUCUUCGACCGAUUCAACGGUAGCUUCCAGUGCUUUGACGUAUGAGCCAAGCACGAUAAGAGAAUCUACGACAACGAAAACACAGCCACCAACAACUUUCACAGCUUACUUCGGAUCAAGUACAACGGAAUUACAGUCUUCGACCGAUUCAACGGUAGCUUCUAGUGUUUCGACGAAUGAGCCAAGUACUGUUGCAAAAUCUACAACAACGAAAACAGAGCCACCAACAACUUUCACAGCUUACUUCGGAUCAAGUACCACGGAAGUCCCGUCAUCCACCGAUUCAACCGUAACUUCCAGUGUUUCGACGAAUGAGCCAAGUACUGUUGCAGAAUCUACAACAACGAAAACAGAGCCACCAACAACUUUCACAGCCUACUUCGGAUCAAGUACAACGGAAUUACAGUCUUCGACCGAUUCAACGGUAGCUUCUAGUGUUUCGACGAAUGAGCCAAGUACUGUUGCAGAAUCUACAACAACGAAAACAGAGCCACCAACAACUUUCACAGCUUACUUCGGAUCAAGUACAACGGAAUUACAGUCUUCGACCGAUUCAACGGUAGCUUCCAGUGUUUUGACGAAUGAGCCAAGCACGAUAGGAGAAUCUACGACAACAAAAACAGAGCCACCAACGACUUUCACAGCUUACUUCGGAUCAAGUACAACGGAAUUACAGGCUUCGACCGACUCAACCGUAGCUUCUAGUGUUUCGACGAAUGAGCGAAGUACUGUUGCAAAAUCUACAACAACGAAAACAGAGCCACCAACAACUUUCACGGCUUACUUCGGAUCAAGUACAACGGAAUCACAGUCUGCGACCGAUUCAACGGUAGCUUCCAGUGUUUUGACGAAUGAGCCAAGCACGAUAGGAGAAUCUACGACAACAAAAACAGAGCCACCAACAACUUUCACGGCUUACUUCGGAUCAAGUACAACGGAAUCACAGUCUGCGACCGAUUCAACGGUAGCUUCUAGUGUUUCGACGAAUGAGCGAAGUACUGUUGCAAAAUCUACAACAACGAAAACAGAGCCACCAACAACUUUCACGGCUUACUUCGGAUCAAGUACAACGGAAUCACAGUCUGCGACCGAUUCAACGGUAGCUUCCAGUGUUUUGACGAAUGAGCCAAGCACGAUAGGAGAAUCUACGACAACAAAAACAGAGCCACCAACAACUUUCACCGUUGACUUCCGCUCAAGUAGAACGGAAGUCUCGUCAUCGACCGACUCAACCGUAGCUUCUAGUGUUUCCACAAAUGAGCCAAGCACGAUAGGAGAAUUUACGACCACGAAAACACAGCCACCAACAACUUUCACAGCUUACUUCGGAUCAAGUACAACGGAAUUACAUUCUUCGACCAAUUCAACAGUAGCUUCUAGUGUUUCGACGAAUGAGCCAAGUAUUGUUGCAAAAUCUACAACAACGAAAACAGAGCCACCAACAACUUUCACAGCUUACUUCGGAUCAAGUACAACGGAAUUACAGUCUUCGACCGAUUCAACGGUAGCUUCCAGUGUUUUGACGAAUGAGCCAAGUACUGUUGCAAAAUCUACAACAACGAAAACAGAGCCACCAACAACUUUCACGGCUUACUUCGGAUCAAGUACAACGGAAUCACAGUCUGCGACCGAUUCAACGGUAGCUUCCAGUGUUUUGACGAAUGAGCCAAGCACGACAGGAGAAUCUACGACAACGGAAACACAGCCACCAACAACUUUCACCGUUGACUUCCGAUCAAGUAGAACGGAAGUCGCGUCAUCGACCGAUUCAACCGUAGCUUCCAGUGUUUUGACGAAUGAGCCAAGCACGUUAGGAGAAUCUACGACAACAAAAACAGAGCCACCAACAACUUUCACCGUUGACUUCCGCUCAAGUAGAGCGGAAGUCUUGUCAUCGACCGACUCAACCGUAGCUUCUAGUGUUUCCACAAAUGAGCCAAGCACGAGAGGAGAAUUUACGACCACGAAAACAGAGCCACCAACAACUUUCACAGCUUACUUCGGAUCAAGUACAACGGAAUUACAGUCUUCGACCGAUUCAACGGUAGCUUCCAGUGUUUUGACGAAUGAGCCAAGUACUGUUGCAAAAUCUACAACAACGAAAACAGAGCCACCAACAACUUUCACGGCUUACUUCGGAUCAAGUACAACGGAAUCACAGUCUGCGACCGAUUCAACGGUAGCUUCCAGUGUUUUGACGAAUGAGCCAAGCACGACAGGAGAAUCUACGACAACGGAAACACAGCCACCAACAACUUUCACCGUUGACUUCCGAUCAAGUAGAACGGAAGUCGCGUCAUCGACCGAUUCAACCGUAGCUUCCAGUGUUUUGACGAAUGAGCCAAGCACGUUAGGAGAAUCUACGACAACAAAAACAGAGCCACCAACAACUUUCACCGUUGACUUCCGCUCAAGUAGAGCGGAAGUCUUGUCAUCGACCGACUCAACCGUAGCUUCUAGUGUUUCCACAAAUGAGCCAAGCACGAGAGGAGAAUUUACGACCACGAAAACAGAGCCACCAACAACUUUCACAGCUUACUUCGGAUCAAGUACAACGGAAUUACAGUCUUCGACCGAUUCAACGGUAGCUUCUAGUGUUUCGACGAAUGAGCCAAGUACUGUUGCAAAAUCUACAACAACGAAAACAGAGCCACCAACAACUUUCACGGCUUACUUCGGAUCAAGUACAACGGAAUCACAGUCUGCGACCGAUUCAACGGUAGCUUCCAGUGUUUUGACGAAUGAGCCAAGCACGACAGGAGAAUCUACGACAACGAAAACAGAGCAACCAACAACUUUUACAGCUUCCUUCGGAGCAAGUACAACAGAAGUCCCGUCAUCGACCGAUUCAACCGUAGCUUCCAGUGUUUUGACGAAUGAGCCAAGCACGAUAGGAGAAUCUACGACAACAAAAACAGAGGCACCAACAACUUUCACGGCUUACUUCGGAUCAAGUACAACGGAAUCACAGUCUGCGACCGAUUCAACGGUAGCUUCCAGUGUUUUGACGAAUGAGCCAAGCACGACAGGAGAAUCUACGACAACGGAAACACAGCCACCAACAACUUUCACCGUUGACUUCCGAUCAAGUAGAACGGAAGUCGCGUCAUCGACCGAUUCAACCGUAGCUUCCAGUGUUUUGACGAAUGAGCCAAGCACGUUAGGAGAAUCUACGACAACAAAAACAGAGCCACCAACAACUUUCACCGUUGACUUCCGCUCAAGUAGAGCGGAAGUCUUGUCAUCGACCGACUCAACCGUGGCUUCUAGUGUUUCCACAAAUGAGCCAAGCACGAGAGGAGAAUUUACGACCACGAAAACAGAGCCACCAACAACUUUCACAGCUUACUUCGGAUCAAGUACAACGGAAUUACAGUCUUCGACCGAUUCAACGGUAGCUUCUAGUGUUUCGACGAAUGAGCCAAGUACUGUUGCAAAAUCUACAACAACGAAAACAGAGCCACCAACAACUUUCACGGCUUACUUCGGAUCAAGUACAACGGAAUCACAGUCUGCGACCGAUUCAACGGUAGCUUCCAGUGUUUUGACGAAUGAGCCAAGCACGACAGGAGAAUCUACGACAACGAAAACAGAGCAACCAACAACUUUUACAGCUUCCUUCGGAGCAAGUACAACAGAAGUCCCGUCAUCGACCGAUUCAACCGUAGCUUCCAGUGUUUUGACGAAUGAGCCAAGCACGAUAGGAGAAUCUACGACAACAAAAACAGAGGCACCAACAACUUUCACGGCUUACUUCGGAUCAAGUACAACGGAAUCACAGUCUGCGACCGAUUCAACGGUAGCUUCCAGUGUUUUGACGAAUGAGCCAAGCACGACAGGAGAAUCUACGACAACGAAAACAGAGCAACCAACAACUUUUACAGCUUCCUUCGGAGCAAGUACAACAGAGGUCCCGUCAUCGACCGACCUAACGGUCGCUUCUAGUGUUACCACGCAUGAGCGAAGUACUGUUGCUGAAUCUUCAACGACGGAAACAGAGCCAACAACAACGUUCACAGCUGACUUCGGAUCCAGUACAACGGAAGUCCCGUCAUCGACUGAUUCAACCGUCGCUUCUAGUGUUUCCACGAAUGAGCCAAGCACGAUAGGAGAGUUUACGACAACGAAAACAGAGCCACCAACAACUUUCACGGCUUAUUUCGGAUUAAGUACAACGGAAAUCCUCGCAGUGACUGAAUCGACGGUCGGUGCAAAAUGGCGCCAAUCCGGAGCUUUGUUUCGAAAAGGCAAGGCCAGCGUCAACUUUACGCUCGAAUUGAAGCACAAUUGCGAGAUAAGUCUCCUCAAUCGCGCGAAGUCCGUAUGGAUUGAGUUGGAAAGACUGCAGCACGUCAAGAAGAGGUUUUUGCUAAUAUUUUGGGCACCUCAAUUGCGCGAAGUGCGUAUUGAUCGAGGACACAUUGCAACUCGGCGAUGCGGCAAAUUUUACGCGGAUUGCGACGAUCGAUGCAAUGAGAACGCAAAUCGUGGAUCUGCGAGUCAGAAUGAACAAUUU